ACUUUGGCAGAUAACCACAACCACAACGAAGACCACAGAGAGAACUCCUUUGGCUCUUCCCACAUUACGGCGGAUAACCACAACUUUUCGAGAGUCAUGGCAUCCAGAUCGUACAAAUCGAACAACACUGUUCAAUGCUCAGCGAGCACAAAGAGACACUCUGAGGAGAGUCUUGAAAGACCCAGCAAGAAGAGCAGGACAAGUCCCUCAAGUCCCUCCGACAGCUGCAGUCUGAAGGCAGUUACUGAGGAGAGUACGGCCAGUUUGAAGAGGAAGUCCACUGCUGAUGAGACAGAAGAGGGGCCAAGGAAGAGGAGCAGAGUGACCCCCAUUCCUGCUGAAGACCACAGAGAGACCCCCUGUGGCUCUUGCCCCAAUGAGGAUGCUCAACCUUCAAGCAAUCUUGAAGACCAUGACGUUCCAUUGAUUAGCCCUCUCGCUAAAGCCAUUAAAGCUGCCUUCGAUGAGAAGUAUGUGGAGCAGGAACUCCUCGGGAAAGGAGGCUUCGGGGCAGUCUUUGCUGGCUACAGGAGACAGGACAAUGUGCCGGUUGCCAUCAAGCACAUUCAUCUGUCAUCAGUUGAGAUCAUCAAGGUGCCUGGGGAUUUAGGAGAUCGCAAACUCCCUCUGGAGGUUGCACUGCUUCUGCAAGCAAAGCCACCAGAAUCAGGACCCAGUGCAGUCGUGGGCCUGCUCAACUGGUACGUUGUGGGGCAAGAACUAAUUCUUGUUCUGGAGCGACCAGUCCCCUGUAUGGAACUUGGAGAUUAUUUUAGAACAAGACAGUUCCCUAUGCCAGAGCAUGAGGUGAAAGUCAUAGGAAAGCAGUUGGUGGACGCCCUCAUAGAAAUCCACUCCAGAGGCGUUUUCCACAGGGACAUCAAGAUGGAGAACAUCCUUAUUGAAACUGGCUCUGAUGUCCCUCGUGUGCGCAUCAUAGAUUUUGGAUGUGGCACAUUUGUAACUGAGGAGGCCUACACCUCAGGACCAGGAACCCCUUUGUACAAAUCCCCUGAGUGGAUAAUCAACAGGAGAUACAAAGCUGAACCAGCCACAGUAUGGCAGCUAGGUUUCUUGCUUUAUACAAUGGUUCAUGGACAUUACCCCUUUAACUACCCCCAAAAGAAAGUCUUUGGGAACCUGUAUGUCAGACAGAAUCUCUCCAACAACUGCCUGAGAUUUCUACAGAGCUGUUUUCUCACAGCUCCAGAGGACAGAGCUACCCUGGAGGCCCUGAAAGACCACCCUUGGCUGGUUUAACCAGGCCAACAGGGGCCCUUAUUCCCCGGAGACUAAUGCCACAAUCCCAUCAUUCCCAUGAAAUGAAAACAUUGAAAAAGACCUUUAACUACCCCAAAAAUAAAGUCUUUGGGAACCUGUAUGUCAGCAAGAGUCUCUCCAACAACUGCCGGAGAUUUCUACAGAGCUGUAUUCUCAGGGCCCCGAAAGGACAGAGCUACCUUGGAGGCCCUGAAGGACCACCCUUAGCUGGUUUAAGCAGGACAACAGGGGUUCCUCUUAACCAAAGACUAAUGCUACCAUCCCAUCGUCCCCAUGCAAUGAAAACAUUGAAAAAGACCUUUAACUACACAAAUGAGAAAGUCUUUGGGAACCUGUAUGUCAGCAAGAGUCUCUCCAACAACUGCCUGAGAUUUCUACAGAGCUGUAUUCUCAAGACCCCAGAGGACAGACCUACCCUGGAGACCCUGAAGGACCACCCCUGGCUGGUUUAACCAGGACAACAGUGGUUCCUCUUACCCAAAGACUAAUGCCACCAUCCCAUCGUCCCCAUGAAAUGAAAAAAAUGAAAAAGACUUUGUCCUUAAGACUACAACAGCUCAUAAAAACACCCAGCUGUCCGUGGCGAGGGGAUCUCUAUUUGAAUUGCCUCCCCAAAGGUUUCUUCUGUUUUCAGGAGUUUUUCCUUGGAGGAGCUUGUUGAUAGGUCCCGAGUUAUUAUAUACAUGUGAUAACAAAGAAAGUCCGUCUUUGUAGUCCAGAUCCAGAGUCUUUUUGGAUGGACUGAAAACUGAAAAAAUACAUGCCAAAAAAAUAAAUGAAUAAAUAUAUGUUUGACAAAACA